UGGCCAUCCGGGGGCCCGUUGGGCCCGCCUGAAAAAUAAAACUGCUGGAGCCUCCCGGGUAUUUCCAGGUCUUCUCCUUCUCGGGGCGGCUAGUUUUCCUCGCUCUCAGUGCUUCGGCGCCGAGGAGGGCGCAUUUCCGGUGCCGUUUGUCCGGCAUCGUCGCAGACAGCCCCAGGAAGGUCCUGGCCGAACGGGCGCGGCAGCGGCGGCCGCGGCCUGGCGCGAUGCGGCCCCGCUCCGCGGCGUUCGUGGACCGUAAGCUCAAGCAGCGCGUCGUCCAGUACCUCACCAGUAAUAGAUGUGGCAAAUAUGUGGACACUGGAAUCUUAGCAUCUGAUCUGCAAAGAAUGUACAGUAUAGACUAUGGCCGUCGAAAAAGAAAUGCUUUUAGGAUUCAGGUAGAAAAAGUGUUCAGUAUAAUUAGUAGUGAGAAAGAACUUAAGAAUCUAACAGAACUGGAAGAUGCACACUUGGCAAAAAGAUCGAGACAAGAUGAAGAGGAUAAUGAGUAUUCUGAAAGCUAUUCUGAUGAUAGUUCCAAUGUGGAAGGUCACCCAGAUCCACAGUCAUCCAAUCACAUGAACAGUUCCCUGCUGUCUUUAUAUCGGAAAGGAAAUCUCGAUUCUGUUUCAAAUACUCUGGAGCUGGAGCACAAAGCAACUACCACUUUAACACCACAAAUAACUUCUAAAACUGAUUACAAUUCUUUGAAGACCCCUGCCAGAGAAUCUGAGAAAGGAUGGUUUAUUGACAAAGUUGCAGAUGGAAAGAAAGACUUUUCCUUGCAUGCCUCAGAUGAGAAAAAUAUUUAUAAGAAGUCAAUGUCUGAUAUACAGGCUUCAAAAGAUUCUUCUGUUAUGGAGACUGAUAAAAAAAGGAAAAGCAGGUUGAAGGUCAAAGGAAUCAAAAGAAAAAAAGAGGAUCCUCAGGAAGUAGAUGACGAGAUAAUAGCCGCCUUACAAAAAAAAGCUAAAGCCAGGGUUCUGGAAUUACAGAUCUCCAAUGUGAAGUUUGAAGAUGUUGGAGGCAAUGAUACAACAUUAAAAGAAGUCUGCAAGAUACUUAUUCAUAUGCGUCACCCAGAAGUUUACCACCACCUGGGCGUUGUGCCCCCUCGUGGAGUUCUCCUUCAUGGGCCACCAGGCUGUGGGAAGACGUUACUGGCACAUGCAAUUGCUGGGGAACUUGACCUGCCAAUUUUGAAAGUGGCUGCUCCGGAGAUUGUGUCAGGAGUUUCUGGAGAAUCUGAGCAAAAGCUGAGAGACUUAUUUGAACAAGCUCUGUCAAAUGCACCCUGUAUUAUUUUCUUUGAUGAAAUUGAUGCUAUUACCCCCAAAAGAGAAGUUGCUUCAAAAGAUAUGGAACGAAGAAUUGUAGCCCAGCUCCUAACCUGCAUGGAUGAUCUGAAUAAUAUGGCACCUACAGUUCGUGUCCUAGUCAUUGGAGCUACUAACCGGCCAGACUCAUUAGAUCCUGCUUUGAGACGUGCAGGAAGGUUUGACAGAGAAAUAUGCCUAGGUAUCCCAGAUGAAACAUCUAGGGAAAGAAUACUUCAAACUUUGUGCCGAAAAAUGAAACUUCCUGAAAAUUUCAACUUUGGUUACUUGGCCCACCUAACACCAGGCUUUGUUGGUGCAGAUUUGAUGGCACUGUGCCGAGAAGCAGCCAUGUGUGCAGUCAAUAGGGUCUUGAUGAAGCUACAAGAGCAGCAGAAGAAAGAUCUUGCGAUUGAAGGUUUGUCAUCUGAAGGAGGCCAAGAGGAAAGACUGGUAGGAACAGAGUCUACUUCUGAAGAACAGGAUGAGUUGCAAAGGCUGCUGGGGUUGCUAAAAGAGCAAGAUUUUCUCUCAGAGGAGCAGAUGCAAGGACUGUGCAUUGAAUUGAAUGACUUCAGUGUUGCUCUAGCCUUGGUUCAACCCUCUGCCAAAAGAGAAGGUUUUGUUACUGUCCCUAAUGUGACAUGGGCUGAUAUUGGUGCCCUGGAAGAUAUUAGAGAAGAGCUCAGCAUGGCAAUAUUGGCACCAGUACGUAACCCAGAUCAAUUCAGAGCUCUUGGAUUGGUGACUCCCGCUGGAAUCCUCCUGGCUGGUCCGCCUGGCUGUGGGAAAACUCUGCUAGCAAAGGCUGUGGCAAAUGAAUCUGGACUAAAUUUUAUAUCUGUCAAGGGCCCUGAGUUGCUAAAUAUGUAUGUUGGUGAGAGUGAACGUGCUGUACGACAGGUUUUUCAACGAGCUAAGAACUCAGCACCCUGUGUGAUAUUCUUUGAUGAAGUGGAUGCUUUAUGUCCUCGUAGAUCAGAUCGAGAGACAGGUGCAAGUGUCCGGGUGGUAAAUCAGCUGCUUACAGAGAUGGAUGGUUUAGAAUCUCGUCAACAAGUUUUUAUUAUGGCAGCCACUAAUAGGCCAGAUAUCAUUGAUCCUGCAAUUCUACGCCCAGGCCGCUUGGACAAAACACUCUUUGUGGGUUUGCCAUCCCCAGCAGAUCGUCUUGCCAUCUUAAAAACAAUCACAAAAGUGAGUAAAGGAAAUGGCAUUUUCCAUGUAUGUUCUUGUUUUUAUUUUAAUUUUAUUUUUUUGCCAGUCCUAGGGCUUGAACUCAGAGCCUGGGCACUGUUUCUGAGCCUCUUUGUGCUCGAAGCCAUCCAUCACUGUGACCCGCACCCCUGGGGGCGGUUACCUCCUCCGCCCCGGAGGUCACAUCCGGGCCCCACCUCCCCAACCCGCCCAACACAAAGCCUCCUCCGGGGGCUCCAGCCCGCCCCACCCGCCGUGAGCUUGGGCGCGGGUGAGCUCACGGGUCAGCGGAAGGAGCUCUGCUCUCCUGCCCGAGACCGCGCGGCGUCCUCCGUUCCCGCUCCUGCUCCACACCCAGCAGCCAUCAGGACCAACCAGGGCUCUGUGGACACUGGUGAGAUGCCAUGA